GCGGCGAGUGUCAGUGCGCAUGCCCGCCACUGCGCCACUAGGAGGCGCGCUGCCCCCUGGCGGACUCGCGCCGCAGUGAAUUGCGUAACAAAAGCACACUCGCCUUCUAACGCGACGCUGAAAACUUUCGCUCCGUACGCGCCGACGGAAUGGAAAAACGUAAAACGAAAUAAAAGUUUCCCGCGGUACGCGCACCUCAAUUCUAACGUUAAAAAUCAUCCCGUUACCGUCCCGUGUUGCUUAGGAAACUCGAACUAUAGCUUCUCGCUUUUCUUUUUUAGUUUCCAAGUUUGCCUCUAAAGUUGACUGUGGCGAAAAGUGAUCCGAUGCGAUUUUCGCCGGCUGCGUAUAAUAUUGUGUGGACGAUCUAGUGUGUUGUGUUCAUUUGUUUUGUUUUGCUUUGCUUCCUUUGGCGAGUGGUGGAGGCCGGUGACCGUUGGGACGGCGCUGGUGGUAGCAAUCGAUAGUGCGGUGGGAGCGGCAAAGACCUUUCGGUGCAACAUGUUGUGGCGACGGAAACAGGAAGCUCGGGCAGGUUGAUCAAAUCUCCACAUGCCCACAACACUCUGCAGUCAGCAGAAAGAUGUCCUAAUAUGGGUUGGUCAUGCGUUGUGGCAUGCGCCGUGGCCUUCUUCCUCAUGCUCAACAAAGUCUCGGCUCUCACAUCCGACAUAUUCGCUGCGGGAAAGUCGGACAAAGAGAUACUGGACAACCUUUUAAAAAAUUCCCGCUAUGACAAAAGACUGCUUCCACCAGUAGAUGAUCCAGAAUUCUGUUGUGGUCUAACAUCGCCCAACGACUCUUUGGCUCAAAAUAAGGUCGGAUAUUCUUCGCUCCGGCCUCGGUCGCACAAUCGCGGUGUCCUCACCGUAAAUGUUAGCGUGCUACUUCUUAGUUUAGCAUCUCCAGACGAAUCUAGUCUUAAAUACGAAGUGGAGUUUUUGCUCCAACAACAAUGGUAUGAUCCACGACUACGGUAUUCUAACCAGUCUCACUACGACUUCCUAAACGCCAUCCAUCAUCACGAAGACAUCUGGCUGCCCGACACAUACUUCAUUAUGCACGGAGACUUCAAGGACCCCAUAAUCCCAAUGCACUUCGCGUUGCGCAUAUACCGCAAUGGCACUAUUAAUUACCUGAUGCGGCGGCAUCUCAUUCUUUCCUGCCAGGGAAGACUUAACAUAUUUCCUUUUGAUGACCCAUUGUGUUCAUUUGCCUUAGAAAGUAUAUCAUACGAACAAUCUGCUAUUACUUACGUAUGGAAGAACGACGAGGAUACUCUGCGCAAGUCUCCUUCAUUGACCACUCUGAACGCGUACCUCAUCCAGAAUCAAACUAUUCCCUGUCCAAUCAAGGCUAGUUGGAGAGCUGAUGGUAUUUCACUUUACGAAGACGAUGAAGAGCUGACAUGUAAUCUUUGCCAGAGACGCUUUGAGGAGCAAGGUAACUACAGCUGCCUAAAAGUCGACCUAAUAUUUACUAGAGACCGAGCGUUCUACUUUACUACAGUAUUUAUCCCUGGAAUUAUUCUGGUGACUUCCUCAUUCAUCACAUUUUGGCUGGAAUGGAACGCCGUGCCAGCCCGUUCCAUGAUAGGUGUAACAACAAUGUUGAAUUUUUUUACAACAUCAAAUGGUUUCCGUUCAACUUUACCGGUGGUUUCAAACUUGACUGCUAUGAACGUAUGGGACGGCGUCUGCAUGUGUUUCAUCUACGCGUCAUUGCUGGAGUUCGUAUGUGUCAAUUACGUUGGCAGAAAGCGGCCUUUACACAAUGUGGUCUACCGACCAGGAGAGAAUCCCGUUACACAGCGACUGCCCGCUGUCCUGAGCAGAAUUGGCAUUAUACUGGCCAGCCCCUUGGAGGCGAUGGCAUUCCUCCAUUGGGCAAAGUCAGAGACACCCCAACCGGAGCCAAGUGGUGCUGGUGAUAAAAAGCGAGACUCGACGGGAGCAGCAGAUUUAGUCACGUGCACAGCAUGCACAGGGGCCCCAGGUCCUUGUACACAUACAACUAAUAAUGGAGGUGUGUCAGAGCCAUGUUUCGUCCAGGUUCGCAAAAAAGAACCCCCGCAUCCGAUUCGAGUGGCGAAGACAAUCGACGUGAUUGCUCGCAUCACCUUCCCCACUGCCUACGCCGUGUUUCUCAUCUUCUUCUUCAUCCACUACAAGGCGUUCUCUUAAUGCUGCCUCUACCUUUAGAUACUAGAUACUUUUUGCCGCUUACGUAAACGAGCAAUCGUGUCUUUUAGCUCGUAUCUUAUUACGUCUCAGUUAUGGAUGAAAUAAAGCUAUUCACGGUCCGUUUUUGAUGAGUGUCAACAAUCGUUACGAAUUGUGAUUGUACCCACUACAGUGAUCGUAUUUAAGAGUAUAAUAUAAGGGGCGUAACAAUCAAGAGUAUUAUCGUUGCUGCUUUCAAUCGUUAAAGGGCGUCAAUGAUUAGAAUUGAAAGAGAUGAUGAUUUUUUUACGGGAUUUGAAAUAGUUUUCGAUAAAAAGUUCAUUAUGUGAAUGUUUGUAAUAUACCUACGAGUAAGAAUACUUUGUUAUGAAUACAUGAAACUUAUGAUAGGAUAAAGAGGGAUCAAAACAUAUUAUGUAUGAAAAAUUCUUGUAUCGAUGUUAAUCGGAUUCUUGUGUAGGUAGAUAAUGAUCUAAGCGACAUCUGAAGGGAUAAAUUCAAGUUGGAAAUCACUUGAUAUUAAGCACCCUUUUAAUAUUAAAGAAACCUAUUUCAAACCUAAAGACAGUCCAGUCGUAUAAUUAUAAUUUAAGUUUUAAGUCUUAAUUAUAUUUUUAAGAUAGCAAAAGACAUUAUACCUUUUAUAUGUACAAUUAUUUUAGAAAUCACCGUAGUUGAAUUAGGUUAUGAAUAUACAUAUAUUUACCCACAUAUGUUGUGAUAAUAUCAUAAUAAUUAAAGUUGCUUUAAAAUAUAUAGUUAGAUAUGCAAACACAAUAAUAGUUAUCGGUUUCAUAUAAUUGGUUAUACAUUUAAAUAACAUAGCUAUAUAUGUUAAUUAUUCGGUCGAUUUUUUGCUAUAAUUAUUAUUUGUUUUAUAUUGAAUCUACACUUACUUUAAAGAUUUUAAUAUUAUCUAUAUAUGAACAUAUUUAUAGGAAUAGCUGAACAUGUUACAACUAAAACUUAUUAUAUGAAAUCGAGCUACAAGAUGAUGUUUGAUGGAUGUAUUUAUGUUUAAGUUUAUUAUGUUAAAAACAAUUAGACGUAGAUGCAUAGAUAAAGCUCAAGUCGUUAUUAUAUUACAAAAUAUUUUAUAUAAUGGAACCACGUAAUUAAUUUUUUAUAAAUUUUAAGUGAUUACCUAGUUCAUGUAUAAUUAUUAUUUUGAUGUUAAACCAUGAACAUGCCUUUUACAUGUCAAAUAAUUAUUUUUGCCUGAAAUUUUCUUAGUCGUUAUACUGAAAAUGAUGUAUGUGAUUCCAACUGUAAAUAAUAUACAUUGAAAUUGUAUUACACCUGCCGAUACGUAAGGUAUGUUACCCUAAAUACAUCGCAAAGCUGUAAUGUAAGUAUCAUGAAUAUUGUGCUGUGAGACCAUACCGUCACCUUUUUUUCGCGUAAGUAGAAUGUAGCCUUCAGCUGUUAUUAUUAUAUAAUUAAUUAAUAAUUAACUAUGAUAAUUAUGAUUAUAUAUUAAAUAACUAUAAGCAUCAAUGAUAUGUGUCAUCUAAAGGUAUAUUGUUAUACAUGUAUAUGGAUUCUCAUAUUGAAUGCUAUACGUAAAUUUUAUGAAAGAGAAUCUUACGGCACAUAAAAUUUAAUAUUGUUUUCAAUUACAAACGUUCAAUUUCAUUAUAUACCAUAAUAUACCAUCGAUAAUUGCCUUUUGCUUGUUAAAAAAGCGGACCAAUGAGUCAACUCUUUUGAAAAUUAAAUUUUAUAUCUAAAAUGUAUUAAGUACAUAAUACAUUUUAAGAAUACGAGUAUGCGUUUUGGCUGUGCUUCGAAACCAAUUAUAAAUUUGUAUAUGUGACUUAAGCGUGCUCGUUCAAAGUUUUUGCUUGAAAGUAACUGAUGUUUCAUAUACGGUUAAAUAUUUGCACGUAAAUAUAUCAUUAUGAUCUCUCAUACUGAACAUUUAUCAAUUAUAUAUAUUUUUUUUAAUAAUAAUUACCUCUCCUUAUAUCAUCGACAAUAUAAAUAAAUACCUAAAUAGUACCUACCUAAUAUCUAAACGAGUUGAUAGGUAGGUACCUUCCCAUAUAUUAAAGACAAGUAUAACUAAACUUAUUUUAUUAAAUCCUUGGGGUAUUAAACCACUAUAAAACAGAAGAGAUACUUAAUUUUAAUUUACUUUAUGAUCUAUUACUUAGUCAUGUAUACCAAUGCAAUUAUAAUGAAAUCUAAAUUAAUGAUACAGAUUACUGAGAAAUAAAUAGGAAAGCAAGAGACCAGGUCGAAUAGUACUUGGCUAAACAACGGAAUACGUCAGUACAUAUUAACUUGAAUUCAAAUAUUUUGGACUUAUUCUUUUUUUCAAUCUUGAAAGAGUCACCACCAUUUAAAAGAUUUUUCAGGACAAGUUCUAGAUAUUUUUUACCCGGAUACCCGUUAAUAAUAUCUAGAACUGGGUUAUUGCAUCAAAUAAUAUUAUUUCCAGACUAGACUAUACAGGACAUAUCAAUAAACUUUUUAUUACUUGCUUAUGACUUUUUCUGUAACCUUAGAUAAUUGACUCUAUAUAAAGUUAGAUAAUAAAUCUAAGGUCAAGAUCCUACUUCUAUACGACCUGUUCCACUUUCUUUUCUAUUUUUAUAGUUUACAGCAAAUUUUUAUUUACUAUGACAUAAGAUUAACAAAGAUAAGAUUAAAAUAUGUAUUUAAACUAUAUUUAAACACAAAUAUUACAAUCUAAUUAAUUACUUAUGUUAUUAAGGUCAGGUACACUAUAACUCGUGCUCGAAGAUACUUAAAAAAAGUAAUGUAAACGUUAAAAGUAACUAUAUUGAUCUCUUGUUUGGUGGUCCCAUACACUUAAUUUGACGCUGUUUAAAGUUUAUUUUAUAUAAUUAAAACUUUAUCUUAUUUUUUGGAUAGACACGAAGUGAUACUACUUUAAAUUCUCAGUGUUUUAUACAAUUUUAAUUAUAAGAUAAAAAAUAACAUAUCAUUCGCUUUAUGAGAUACGUACCUAUGUAUCUAUUAAAAUUUUAUGCUAAUUACCUGUUAACCAAAGCUAUAUAUUCUAUGCUGCCUUUAUCUUUGUAUAACAUUUGUUAUUAAGUGUAUUAGAUUAUUUCAUCAAACGUGUUUAUGAAGCCUUUUUAAACAUUUAUGAGUGUGAUAAUAUUAUUAUAUCAAAAACCUGAAGUUGCAACAUCAUGAAAUAAAAUGUAAACUCGCUAUAUGCGAGUCAAAUGAAAAAUUAAAUAUAGGUCGGUAUACCUAUCCAUACAUCAGUUUGUUAACUUAUAACAAUAUUAACAAUGCAGGUAAGUGAAAUAUCAUCUUACUUACCAUGUUACGGCGACACAAUUGCAACUAAAUUGUUUUCAUAAUACAAUGAAAUGUGUUCAUGUAUUAUAUAUAACACCUGUGGCGCUCCUUAUUGUGAAAAAGUUAAGCACCUUGUACUAAUGUAGAUACGCUACCGCCACUGUGUGUAUAUAAGCAAGAUCACGUAUAUACUUUUUGUUCCUAAAUUGUAUAAAAUAAUGAAUAAUUAAAUAUUGAUUAGCUAGGUAUAAAUAGGUAUAUUUCGGUAUUUGUAAAAAUUUUCACAAUUUAAUUACCGAUCUAACACUAAAAAAACUAAUUUACAAAAUAUAACCUACUGUUUCUUAUUUAUUAAAAAUAAACCUUAUUCUCCUUUUUAACACACUAAUUAAUUUGAAACGAAGUUGCACUUUUAUUACUAGGCAUAUUUUUCUGAGUUUUGAACACGCCAGGCUAAUGUAAGCAAAACUUUUUUUUUUUUUAUAAAAUCACAGUGGAAUAGUUUUUAUAAUUUUUAUUAAAAUAUUUAAAGGUGAUUUCAGUCGAACAUGUAACCUAACCUAAAUCUGUUCACAAGCCAAACCACAAGAAUUAUUUAUGUAUUCUGUGCUGCAUGAUACAAAGAUAGCUCGUCAUGAUAUUUUUUUAUAUACUAUAGUAGCUAAAUACAAUACUUAUAUAUACAUAUAUAAUUAUUGUAUUUAGUUUAUAUAUAUACAUAAGUAAUUUACAUGGGUAAAUAAAAUUAAUAUCGUUAAUUUCACUGAAAAGUUAUCGCACACGUCUUCGGCUGGCUUGGUCAACUCUUUUAUUAUACAAAUAUGUUAUGUAUAUGUAAAUAUUAAUGGAAAGGAAAAUAAGGUUCAUUAUGGGUAUUUUUUAAUUUAAAUAUUUGAAAUUGAAUUAAAAUUUGAAUUCAUUGAAAGCAAAGAAUAGAACCUACCUAAUUAGGUUUGGAAGGCUACUUAAGUUUGUGUUCGUAUAUUUUAUACAAAUAUUAUUACAUAUUAGUAAAGGCAUAAAUACUAUUUUUCAAUAUAUAUCUAGACCAUUUUAAUUUGCCCUAUAUAUAUAUAUAUACUGAAUUCAAUGCUACAAAAUAAGUAAGUAUCUACGAAAAUAUUAACUAUAUUUUGCGAAGAUGUUCAACUCAGUUUUUGCACUGUGUUUACAAUUAUGUACCUACAAAUAUUACCUAUUGGAAAAUAUAUCUUGUAACAUUUUAUAUCUCUUUCAUAAAAAAAUCUAUUUUAGCUCUAUAAAGGCUGACCUGAAAGUUAAUACUUUUUACUAUUAUAGUCAUUUCCGAAAAUGAAAUUGUACCUACGUAAUAGGUAUAAGUCAUUUCUAUGAAAUAUUUUAUAAUCAUUGAAAUUUUCAUUGUCCAUUCACUGUUGAAUUGAACAUACUCCUCUCUUAUAGAUUAUUAUUGGAUAGGUCCUGAACUACUGUUUUCUUAUUCUAUUGGCUUUCAUAUAAUACGUUUGAGUUGGUCAAUCAAUCUGGUGGGAGGAUACCAGACGCACUAGAAAAUUGUUUGCAAAUAUUUGUUUUAUAAACAAAACUUCAUAAGUCUUUCACCAAAUCGUGGUAUAGUUAUUUCCACAAUGGCAUGCGUGUAUUUGUCUUAAUAUUAAAUUGUACCUAACUGUGAAAGUGCUUAGAUUAUCUAUAUAUUUUACCGCGCGUGUUUACAUAAACGAAAUGCUUCGCCCAAAGAGAGAGUAGGCUCAAUAAGCCGCUUAAUUUUAGGAAUAUUUUAUAAGUAACCUAUAUCUAAAAUCUUAGACAAUUGUACCAUAGGUAUGCUGUACCAUAAAAACAAUAAUACAAGUAGUGCUACAAUUCUUGCAAAAUAUUGCAAAUUUCUUUUUGCUUUAUAUUAUACAAUAAGUAGGAUAAGUAACGUAUAAAUAUUUCUUUGGAUCGAUGAAUUAAUUUUAUAGUACUUAAAAAGUACUUUAAAUACAUAUUUAAUAACAUUUGAGAAUUAAACUUCUUCAGCAUAAAAUGUGACAGCUACGUUCAUACAUAUGAAUACUUUAAAGAAAAAAUAUGAAACAAAAUUAUAACUACAUUAUUUUUGCCACCUAUUAUUUGGUAAGAAAAAUAACUUUAUACGAUAAACGGUUUUAAAAUGUAUUAAAUUAUUAAAGAAUAUACAGUAUUGAGAAAGCUAACAUUUACAUAAAAUCUUUUUCAAUAGGUUCAAACAAAUACAAUCUAAUUUGUUUAAAUACUAUUAUUACAAAGCUAUUAAAUUAUCUACUUAAAUAACGACGUCUACUGUAUGAUAUGUAUUUACUAUAAUAAGUAAUUAAGUGUUCUAUAAUAAAUAUAUAAUGUUAUGAUGCACGAAAAGACAUUAGUGAGAUUAAUAAAAUGUGGAUCCUUUCUGCCACUAUCAAGAAACGGAUAAAUAUAUUUUUUCUCGGUAAUAACUUAUUAUUUUUGUGUGUAGUAAACUAAUAAUAACAUAAAUUACAUAGGGCAUGCACCUUAUACUCUGCGGUACUUAACUAUUAAUAAAUUGUUCGAAGAAUGUAACUCCUCAAUGGGAUAUUAUCUUUUUUUUUUAAUACAAAAGGAGAAUUCCAACUGACUUAUUUUCACUAUCUCUACGAGAUUUUCAAGAUCUCGUAAUGUACAUAAUAAUUUAGUAGCAUCAAAUAGAAAUUACCUAAAAACAAACAAACAUGACUGUUACAAACACUAAAAAUCAUGACAAAUACUAUGUAUGUAAUGAAUAAAAAUCUUUAGUUGUUUAAUAUUUUUUAAUUAUUGUUUAUUUCUAACAUUAUAUAUAUAUAUAUAUAUAUAUAUAUAUAUAUAUAUAUAUAUAUAUAUAUAUAUAUAUAUAUAUAUAUAUAUAUAUGAUAUUGUCGAAUAUAAGUCUAUAUUUAAUUGAUUGUACCUACCUACCUAACAACCUGGUAACAAAUGUGCCUAAACCACAGCAACUUUGUCUAAUAAGCAAUAAUAAGUAAACAAAUUAGUUGAAAACUGCUGAAUCAAUAUGGCAAAUUUUAGUGUUUGUACCUAUAUAGUCCAAUAUAAUAGUCCAAUUAAGGGUUUUGGAAAAAAAAAUGGAAUAUGGAUAGAACAAUGUCUGUCAAGUCGACUAAUUGAAAAAAACAACAUCGAAUUCGAUUCAGAAUAAAAAAAAACCCUACGAAUCUAUUUAUUGGGUUUAAUUUGAUUAAUAUACCUACGCUAUAACUUAAACCUAUUAAAUAUAUUAUAUAUAUUACUUAUAAUGGAUCAUUUAUCCAUGCUGUGUCAAUCUAAUAAUUUUGCCAAAUUUGAAAUCAAUUUAUUAAAAAAAAUACUUUUUACCCAAUGGCAGGUAUGUAGGUAUAGUACAAUUUUUUAAACAUUAAUACAUGUUUUUAAAUGUUUAAGAAAUAUGUUUUAAGAUUUAAAACAGUCUGGUUUAAAUACUUAGAAAUUAAAUUGUACACAAUAGCAUUAAAUUCAUUUAAUAUCUAAAUUCUGAUAGAGCAAAACUAAAAUAUAUACAAUUUUCAAUGAUUGUUGAUUAUUAUUUUGUUAUACUGCAAUUUUUAAUAUUUUACUUUAGCUGGGAAAAAAUAUCCAUAUAUCUUUACUUCAUGAAAUAAAUUUAACGUCAAGCGAGUUCAAUAUAAAAUAUGAAAGACGACAAUCACGUUAAUACUCGUACAAACACUAUCACUGCAAUAAAAACCAAUUUAGCCAAAGACACAUUCAGGACUAUCACUCCAUAGAUUUCAGUUUCAGGCUGUUUUUAUAACUCGGUAGCAAACAGUUUGGAAUCCCAAGAAUUGAAAUAAAAAAAAACUAUCACUAUACUUACAUUGCUAUUAAAAGUUAUGUACAUACUAACUUUUAUUUGCGACUUCGCGUAACCGGGAUGUUUACUGGUCAGGAUAAAAAGCAGCCUUCAUAUAUCACCAUACCAUAUAGUACGUGUAUACUAAGUUUAAUUGUAAUUGGUUAAGCCGUUAAGGCACUAUAAGGUAACAAACAAACAAACUCACUUUCACAUUUAUAAUAUUAGUGAUGUAAUCAAAUAUAAUACUUCAGGACAAAAUUUUAAAUAUAAGAAACUUAACUCGUGAAUAUCAUGUAGAUACUGGCAAUAGACACUACUUUCAGUAAUAAUACCAUGUCUGAAUUAAUAGUUGUAAAUAUAUACUCAAAACAAUAUUCAUUGUCACAAUUACUCUAUAUAUAUAUAUAUAUAUAUAUAUAUAUAUAUAUAUAUAUAUAUAUAUAUAUAUAUAUAUAUAUAUAUAUAUAUAUAUAUAUAUAUAUAACUAAUUCAUUAUUCUGUUUUACAUUAGUCAACGGAUUGCCCAGAUUGCCCGCAUUGCUUUAUAGGCAGCUUAAAAAUUUAUAUGUAGGUAUACCUUAAGGAGUACCUAUACUCUGAUAUUUUUGGGUUAAGACAGUAAUAUACCCUUAACCUAAUAAUAUCUAUUACUGUUGAUAUAAUUUAAUAUAAGUACAAUACUGUUAGCUAGAAUUAAAAUAGCUUAUUUUAAUUAUAUCUUUUAUAAAGCAAUUAACUAGGUAAUAAAAUAAGUAUGUACGUAUUAAUAAUAUUUUUAAUAAACUCCGUCAUAUUUAAUGAGUAAGUACAUAUACUAUUGUUACGACACCAUCUUAGAACACCAUAUUGUAAACUGUAGUAGGUACCUCCCUACUUACUCUAAAGACAAAAAACAUCAAAUGUCUACGCACUGUCGAUUGAGAUAAUCGAAAUAAAAAUAACGUUUCUGUUGUUGCUACAUACUAUAUGUAUGUACAUAAUGAUCUAAAUUUUUAUUUAUUAUUAUAUGUCUAUAAUAAAUAAAUAAAUAAUUAUAUGUACCUAUUAUAGUGACUAUUAGUUGUGGCACAGAUGUGCGCGUCGCGCACUCUAAUCACCAAUUUUUGAUUGCUGACUAUACAAUUAUUUAGUAAAACUAAUCGCAACAUUAAUAUUUUGUACUUAGUUAAAUUUACCUAGUAAUGAUAGCGAACACCCUCACGCAUCGCCUUUGUAUAUAAAAAAGAGUCUGCGAUGACCGCCCGUUCAUGUUUAUAUUGUGGCAUUGUAAAUAAUUUUAUUAUAAAAUCUAUGAAUUACAAUUUUCAUCAAAUAAAACACAAAUUCGACUUA